AUGUGUAUUGGCGCGGCAUACAUACUCACCAUUACGGGUGUCUUCCUUCAAUAUUAUUCCCCUGGAGAUCUCCCCAUGCUGUUGGGAGGCAAGAUAUUGACUGGAAUUCCCCUGGGUAUCUUUGUCAUGGUUGCACCAGUCUACUGCUCCGAAGUAGCACCAGCACGAUUGCGUGGACCCAUGAUCGCUGCUGCGAACUGGAGUCAAGUAAUUGGCAAACUUAUUGGCUAUGGUGUGAUGCGAGAGACACGAGCUGUCGACAGCAAUAUGUCCUAUCGCAUCAUGUUCGCAGUGCAUUGGGGUUUCGCAGUGGUUGGUCUGGUUGUUCUUCGCUUUCUGCCUGAGUCUCCAUACAUGAUGCUUACUCAAUCCAAUAUUUCGGCGGCUAAAAGAGCAUUUCUAGACUCUGCGCAGGCAUAG